AUGCAACACUUUGAAGAGACAUAAUCUUCAGAAAAACUGAGCCCAAAUACAAGUAACUUGUAGCCUCGUCAAGAGAAGCUAUUGUGUUUUUGUGGAAGAGUUAUCAUAGAAAAACCUGUUACUUUACCUUGUGGUCAUUAAUACCACUUUAAAUGUGCUAGAGAUUAUGUUUUUAAUGUCUAAACAUAAAUAUAGAGUAUUGAAGAUAUGAUCUGCCCCUUUUGCUAAAGUAAUAACAAUAAUUCCUAAUGUGAUAAUUUUUAAACUAGUCACUACGUACUAUAAGAGGAAUUAGAUGAAGAGAAUGAAAACUUUAUUAAUUUGAAAUUUAAAAAGAUAAAUACUUAGCAUAACAAUAACUAAACUCCACUAAGCAAUUAAACAAAUACAAGCUUGAAUUAGAAUUCUUAAAAUACCUCUAAUGAUUAAAGUUUCAAAUACUAAACUCCCAACAUGAAUAAAUAUAGCAAAAGGUCUAGAUAUUCUAAUAAUGAUGACUCUAACAGCACAAAUAAACAAAACAACUUAAAUACAUUUUUAAUUAGUCCAGCCUAGGCAUCAUUCAAAAGUACUUAAGAGCGUGUGCCCUUUACAGAUAUAACUGCAUAAAUUAACAAAAAAUCUCCUUAAACUUAAUAUAAUUCAAUAAAGAAUAAAAUUUGUUUUGAAAAUGUGAAUUAGGAUACAAGUAAAGAAAUGUAGCCAAGAGAAAUAAUUCAAAACAAUUAAUUUAGCUUUUAUGAAAGCAAAAUUUAAGAGUAAAAAGCUUAAAAUAUUAACCAACCUUUCGCUAUUACAAAUUCAGAAUCCCAAAAGAAUAUUUAUCAAAAAAAUAGAUAUGGAAAUUACAUCUAAGUUUUGGGAGAAAGGAUUAUUAAGAAAAGUUUAGAAAUAAAGAAUAAUUAAUAUUCUUCAAUAUCUGCUUCUUCUUCGUCAUCCUCAUCAUUUUCUUCUUAAUUAUAAGGAAAUCGAAAUUCAAUCUAAAAAAUAAAUCUCAGCUGUUCAGAUAUUAUGUAAAAUGUGUCUUUAUCAGAUUCAAGUUUAAUUUCAAAUAGCUUUUAUUAGCAAUACCCUUCUAUCUUUCCAAAUAAUGCUACUUCAAAUAUGUUUACCAGAAUGAAAUAAAUUUUGCAUUCAUCAUAAGUAAUGAAUUACUCAUUUAAUAAUUCUAUGGCUUCUAUAGGUAGUGAUAAAGAAAAUGUUAGGAACAUAACAACGAGAAGAGCAAGAAAUAACGUUUUGUAAGCUUCAUUUUAUGAAGGAGUUUCUUAUAUGUGCCCUAACAGCUUAUACACUAAAUUUAAUAAAAAAGAGCAAGAAAAGACUCUUUAAAAUGAAAUUUUUAAACCCGAAAAAUAACUCUCAGAUAUUGAAGAAAGAGAUAAAGAAUGUUUAGCAUACCCAUUUUGUAUUGAGCUAUCUAAUUUAUUUAAUUCGAAUGAGAAUAAUAAUUUCAAGAAUACCCAAGAUUUUCUUAUUCUGUUUGUACAUGACAAAUUAACAAGUGAGUAAAGAUACCUAGCUAUGAAAAGUCUUUACACAUGUCUUGAUACCUAUGAUACUUUAUCACUCUCUUGGAUAAAUUCCACUACAAAUAAAGUAUUUAAGUCUUCAUCUGAUUACUUUUUUGGAAGAGAAAUGGAUGAGUUAGUAUCAAGCGAAUUUAUGAGGCUUUAAGCUAACAAACAGUCUGAAAUUAUUUUAGAAGCUGACUAGAAACCAGAACUUACUCGCUAAAAAGAGAAUUAUGUUUUAGAUAGCGAUGAAAAAUCUGAAAUCAAGAAGAAAAAUCUAAGCCUAUUUGUGCAAGAAUAAUUCAAACUGUUAAAGAUCAAGAGAAUGAUUUAACAUUUUGUAUUAAUAUAAGCAGAGGAUGUUGAGUUAAAUUUUUUGAAAGAGCUAGAUGGCAUAAAAAAUGUUAUGACAAGUGUUAUCAAAAUCCCAUCAAACAUUUUAAAUCUCUCAAAUAGUUUGGAAUUCAGUGAAAGUUGUAAAAAUCUCUUUAACAAUCAAAUUGAUGGAACAAGGCGAACAAAUAUUAAGAAUUUAAAUAUAGCAAUUGAGAUUAAUCCUUAUUUAAAUAAUCUACUAGAUCUAUCCCUUGUUAAUAAAGAAGAGUUUUCAGCUAAAGUAAAAAAAACUACUCUAAGGAAUGUAAAGUCCUCUUCAAAAAGCAGUGAAAAUCUAGUAACUGAUGAAGAGCUAGAAAAUUAAAUGGAGAAAGAUAAACAUAACGAAGUAGAUUAAUAAUUGAGAGAAAACUCCAACUUUCCUGAAUUAAGCACAAUAUUUGAGGUUGAUAUUGACUAUUUAAAAAAAGAUAGAGAAUUAUUACUUUUUGAAAUUACAUUUAGCAAGGACAUAAACCCAAGUUAUCAGAGCGCUCAGCUUUUUAAUUGUUCCAUUUAAUACGAUUUUAUUUAUGUUGAAUUACCAAAUAACCAAAUUGAAUAUUCGGUAAACUCGCAAACAGGUGAGUUUGAAUUAUCUGAUUCUUAAAAUUUUAUGAAUUUUCCUCCUAUGUUUUAAGACAUUUCACAAAACUUAAAAAAUCUAUAUCUUCUUUUUGAGUGGCAUAAAGACACAAAUCAUCUGCGUUAUAAUAGGAGAGUAAUGUAUUCAUUUUGGGAGGAGGAAGUAAAACAAUCUAAUUUAUAACAAGUAAUCUACGAUAAAUAUAAACAGAUUUUUGACUCAAUUGCUCAAAAAAAAUAGAACUAAGAUUUUGAAGAAUAUAAAAUGUUCACAGAAUAUUAUCAAAAGCUAUUGAAACUAAAUCAAAAUUGA